AUGAUAGCCGCAAAUGAAGACUUGAAAGGGUCGUUGACUCUCUCAGCACCGCUCCCAAAUCCUUGUCUGAGUUACUGGCAAAGGACGACACGAGCAUUUCCCCACCUUAACAUCAACAAAUCGUCAACUCUUCCUUCAUCGAGCAAGUACGUGAUAAUCGGGUCUGGCAUCUCCGGCGCACUCACAGCCUUCGAAUUGACAGAAAAUGGUGUCGAUGGCAAGGACAUUAUCAUUCUGGAAGCUAGGGAAGCAGCAAGUGGAGCCAGCUCGAGGAACGCGGGACACGUGAGACCAGAUGCCUUCCGAGGCUUCAAACACUACUCGUCUCUCCACGGCCCUGAUCAAGCUCUCAAAAUAAUCGCCAACGAACGUCUAGUCCUCGAAAAAGUCGACCAUUUCGUCAAGAAGUACGAUGUGCCCUGUGACUUCCACCUCACAUCAACCUUCGAUGUUUGCAUGACCCCUGAAUUUGCAGCUUAUGAAGCAGACAACUUUGAAGCUUUCAAGAAAGCCGGUGGAGACGUAUCUCAUGUAUCUUUCUUUGAGGGUGAUGAAGCCAAGAAGCGAACAGGUAUCCAAGAUGCAUUUGCGGCUUAUGAGUGGCCUGCCGGUUCAAGCCAUCCUGCAAAACUGGCUCAGUGGUUGUUGAAUUCUUGUAUUAAGCGUGGCGUCAAGCUGUUCACCCAUUGUCCUGUCUCAAAGGUGACGCAGUCAGAAGACAAGUCAUGGGAAGUCCACACAUCGCGUGGUGCGGUGGUUACGCCGACGGUCAUUCACUGCACGAACGCAUACGCAUCUCUUCUGCUCCCACAACUGGAAUCUCACUUGACGCCAAAUAGAGCACAAGCACACUCUUUGAUUGCGCCGCCUGCCUUCUCGGCAGAGGGAUCUUUAACGAAGACUUUCUCGUUGAGAUAUAGUUUGCAUCACUUCUACUCUUUGAUUCAGAGACGAGGAGAUGGGACGUUGAUCCUGGGUGUGUCAAGAGCGAACCCUACGCUGAGCACGGAAACUAGGAGGGGGGCUGUGACGUACAAUGAUGGGAAGUACAACGAAGAAAUCCUCGAGGAUGCUUUGAAGCAGUGGAAAGUCUUGUUCCCAAGAGUAGAUGCUGAUAUAAACAGAAAUGGUGUUCAUGGUGCAGGGUUGGACCACGCUUGGAGUGGCAUCAUUGGCAUGACUGGGGACUUUGUGCCUUUCGUUGGUCCCUUAGAUGGGAUGGAAGGGCAGUGGGUUUGUGCUGGAUUUGGUGGUCAUGGUAUGGCACGUAUCUUCACUUGUGCACCAGGUGUCGUGAAAAUGAUGCUCGGCAAGGAGUGGAGCGAUACUGGGCUACCUGAAUGUUUUCAAUUUACGGCAAAACGAGUAGCUAAAAUGAUGGCUGCUCAAGGGUUACAAGUGUAG